AUGAUUUUGGGGUUUUCACAAAGAUUUCUUACAAAACAAGUUAAUAAAUGCGUUAAUAUAUUACAAGAAUUACUACUUUUAGGCACUUAUCAGAUAGUUGCAAAAUUGGGAACAUAUGUCAUUGAAGGUAAAGUGAUAUCUGACAGCAAUAUUGGUGAAAAAGCUUUUAUUUCUAGGUUAUCAUUGACUUCUUCAGAUAAAAGAAUUCCAUUCAAAUUUCAACGUAGACAGUUUCCAGUGGUUGUUUCCUUUGCUAUGACGAUCAACAAGAGUCAGAGUCAGUCACUUAAACAUGUUGAGGAGAAUGAUAAUGAUAUUUUCAUGGAGCAUGCGUCUCAUGAAGGCCUUGAUUCGAGUUCUCGUAUAGGUCCUGAAUACCAGGCGAAAAUUCCUUCCGUUAUUAAGAAAUCAGAGCGGUGUUCACUUCGAAUGAAUCUUGCUGAUUCAUUAGCUGUGCAUGAUAAAUCACUUUCCUUUGCAAUUGGUUUGCCCAUCCCAGUCACAUGGAUACACAAUGAAACGGAGGAUAGUGGACAUGAAGAGUUGCGAUAUCAUGGAGACAUCAACUCAUGUCAAUUGGCUCCUGGCAUAUUGAGUAGCUCCUGGAGUGAUGCUGAUACAAAAAGUUUUCUACUUGGUUUGUUUAUUUUCGGGAAGAACUUUGUUCAGAUCAAAAGAUUCUUAGACAACAAAGAGAUGGGAGAAAUACUUUCAUUUUACUAUGGAAAGUUUUACAAAACUGAUGGAUAUCGUAGAUGGUCAGAGUGCAGGAAGAAAAAAGGGAGAAAAUGUAUGAUAGGCCAUAAACUUUUUACUGGUCCGAGGCAGCAUGAACUGUUGUCCCGCUUGAUUCCUCAUGUCUCGGAAGAAUCUCAAGAUACUUUGUUACAGGUUUCUAAGUCAUAUGUGGAGGGCACAACUUCUCUAGAAGAAUACAUAUCUUCUUUGAAGUCUAUGGUUGGAAUUGGUGUUUUUGUUGAAGUAGUAGGUAUUGGCAAUGAGAAGGGAGACCUUACUAGGCUUGGCGUGGAACAUGGGAAGAACAGUCGGGCGUCUUCAGCUCCAACCAGCAAAGCUUUGUCUUCUCUUGGACCGAGUGAUAUAAUACAGUCUUUAACAGGAGGAUAUCGGCUUAGCAAAACCAAAAGUACUGAACUCUUUUGGGAAGCUGUUUGGCCCCGCUUACUGGCAAGAGGUUGGCACUCUGAGCAACCAAAGUAUCGAGGCUAUGUGACCUCCAAAGAUUAUCUGGUUUUUCUUGUUCCGGGAGUUGAGAAGUUUUCGAGGAGAAAACUUGUGAAAGGUGAUCAUUACUUUGAUUCUGUUAGCGAUGUCUUGAGCAAAGUAGUAGCUGAACCGAAUAUUCUUGAGCUUGAAGAAGAAGAAGCAGCAGCUAAUGUUGGUAGCUUCAAUGAGGAAGACACAGAAAAGGGAUCAAAUGAAGAUGAUUUAUCCGAUGAUCAUCGUCAAUGUUACCUCAAGCCCCGAUCUUCUACUUACAAAAAAGAUCAUAUCAAAUUCAUGGCUAUUGAUACCAUUUUGGUGCAUGGCGGAAAACCAUCUGAUUUAAGGAAAUUGAAACCUGUUCCUGUCAAUGCAGUGGGUAAAGUUGAGAUGGGGUCCUUUGAGGAGAAUGAUAAUGAUAUUAUCAUGGAGGAUGCAUCUUAUGGAGUCCAUGAUUUGAGUCAUCGAAUAGGUCCUGAGUACCAGGCGGAAAUUUCUUUUGUGAUUAAGAAAUCAGAGCAACUUCGAAUGAAUCCUGCUAAUUCAGAAUCUGUGCAUGAUAAAUCAUGUUCCCUUGAAAUUGGUUUGCCCAUCUAA